AAACUCCAAGAAGAAGAAGAAGACCAUUAUGCGCUUAGGUUCCGUUCGACACAUCCAUCAGUUCGGGUGGUUUUGCGGCAUAUUGGGCAGGCGAUUAAGGGAAAUCAUUCGUUAAAGUCCGAUUCCCACAAACUUUUUUUUUUAACAUUUCAGGUGCAUCUAGUUACAUAAAUAUGAGCAACAACGAGAAAGCGUUCAAGGAGGAGGUUGAGGUUGGAAGAAAGAAAAAGGCGGAAGACGUUUCAGAUGUGAAGUUGUUUGAAUUGUUUGAAGCUGAUGGUGUUGAUGCAUGCUAUUGUAAUGGAUGCAGAAAAGAAGCAAUCAAGAUCUCUCCCCACUACUAGUGUUGUAAUGGCAGAUGGUAAAUGGGGGAAGAGGAGGAAAAAAGAAGUCAUAAUGUCAAACAGAAGAAAGAAGAAAUCAAAGGACUCGCGGCACGGCUCAAGGAGUGCGUCCCCUCAGGGCUCAGAGAAAUCCACCAGCCGCUCCCCAGCACGCUCCAAAGAUGGGUCCCGGCAUUCUAGGUCUAGAUCUCGAUCUCGAUCCAGAUCGAAAUCUAGGUCCCGUUCCCAUCGAAGCUCACGCAGGCGCUACUCCCGUUCUCGUUCCCACUCCCACAGACGCCGUUCUAGGAGCAGAUCUCGCAGCUGGGAGUACCGUCGUCGUAGGAGCCAUAGCCGUUCCCCCAUGUCUAAUCGUCGCAGACACAUUGGAAACAGGGCCAACCCAGACCCCAGUGCCUGUCUUGGUGUGUUUGGACUGAGUCUGUACACGACUGAGAGGGAUCUGAGGGAGGUUUUCUCUAAAUAUGGCCCUUUGUCUGAUGUCAAUGUUGUGUAUGACCAGCAGUCACGUCGCUCACGAGGCUUUGCCUUUGUCUACUUUGAAAACUCGGCGGACUCCAAGGAGGCCAAGGAGCGUGCUAAUGGUAUGGAGCUUGAUGGACGCAGGAUCCGAGUGGAUUUCUCCAUAACUAAACGAGCCCAUACUCCCACCCCUGGAAUCUACAUGGGACGUCCCACAUAUGGCGGCAGUGGCAGUGGCAGCGGCAGCAGCAGUGGUGGCAGCGGCAGUGGGUCAUCCCGGCGUGUGUCAAAGGACUAUGACAGAGGCUACGACAGAGGUUAUGACAGAAGUUAUGAUCGGGAGUAUGAUCGCUACGAAGACCGAGAGUACAGGUCAUACAGGCGCCGAUCUCCAUCUCCUUACUACAGCAGAGGGUACCGCUCUCGAUCCCGAUCCCGAUCCUACACUCCACGUCACUACUGAGCAACAAGAAGAGUGUUAUAUUCAGAGUUAUUGUUUGGAUGUUUUAUUCUUUUUUACCAUAUUUUGUAUAUGAUAGGAAUUCUGGGUUUACGUAUUGAAGAUUAAAUGAAACAGUUGUAAAAAUGCGGUCUUUAUGAGUACCACAACAUUAGUGGUGUGUAGAAAAAAUAAUGAAAAAGUAUUUUGCAAAAGAUUAGAUUCAGGUAGGAAUAGUCCAUGCUCAAGAUCUGCAUCAAGUACAGAUCAGUCUUCACUUUUUAUUGAAAAUCUGUUAACACUAAUAAACAGGCUUGUUUAUGAUUAGUGUGGCAGACUUGUUUUUAUACAAGUGUAAUUUUUCUGUGAAACUUAGUUUGCUGUUUGUAUGGAGUCAGUUUGCUGUUUAUAUGGAGCCAGUUUGCUGUUUGUAUGGAGCCAGUUUGCUGUUUGUAUGGAGCCGGUUUCUUAAACUUUCAUGAUCCUAGUUUGCUCAAAUACCAUGUUUCUUAUGUCUUUUUCUGCUGGAAAGUACUUGUUUUGUUGUAUAUGAGCAAUAAAAAUUACUUUGUCAUUGG